GUCUUCUCACCGGUGCCCAUCAGUGGCGAAGUUUUCCCACGAAAUGCUCACGAAAACUGCUCUACUGUCAUCAACGGAACGGAGGCCCAACUGAAGAUGCUCUUCAAUUCGAAAAGUUGCGCUCUCUCACGGAAAGGUUUUGUGUUUGAAAAUGUCAUCGUCGUCAAGCAGAACAAUCUCAGUGAAAUGCCUGUGAUCACGGAAUAUGACAAACUCUACCGUAUCUCUUGUGACUACAGUAACCAAACGACGAAAAUGUCUGCCACCAGUGUUUUACAAAUAAAAGACAUGGACAAAAUGUCGAUUCACCCAAGUGGAAAGAUACCUUUCAGUCCGAUGAAGAUGGAGCUGCGAUCGAAAGAGGAAAUGAGGACUGUGAUUCUUGGCCAAAAUGUUGAUUUGAGGAUCGAUGACGACGAUCAUUUCGGCAGUAACUAUACAAUAUCAAGCUGUAUAGCACGUGAUCGGAGCGAGCGAGAAAGCAUUACUCUCAUCGAGGACGGAGAUAGUGAAUCGGUCAAGAUUUCCUGUCGGUUGCAAGUCUGUGACCAGUGUGAACCGAAAGAUUGUUCAAAACACGAGAGGAAGCGUCGGAAUCUUUUAAGAGGAGAAUCAACGAUCGACUCUAACGAUGGCGAUGAGGUUCAAAUAUCGUUGCUCGUCAGGAAUGAGGCACCACCUGCAAAGUCCUACUGCGUCACUCGAGCGAGCCUGAUCUCGGUCUCGUCAGUCGGCUCCAUAACACUUCUGCUACAAUUUCUGGUUCUACUGAAAAUUUUUCAAGAACGUCGAAAACGUCUUCUGUAA